AUGGGGAUCAUAGAAAGGAUCAAAGAAAUUGAGGCCGAAAUGGCGCGGACUCAGAAAAACAAAGCCACAGAGUAUCAUCUUGGCCAGCUCAAGGCAAAGAUUGCCAAGCUAAGGACUCAGCUCCUGGAGCCUCCAAAGGGGUCUAGUGGAGGUGGAGAUGGUUUUGAAGUUACAAAAUUUGGCCACGGACGUGUUGCGCUCAUUGGGUUUCCAAGUGUGGGGAAGUCAACACUUUUGACAAUGUUGACGGGCACACACUCCGAAGCUGCAUCUUAUGAGUUCACAACACUUACCUGCAUUCCUGGAAUUAUCCAUUACAAUGAUACAAAAAUUCAGCUGCUUGAUCUUCCUGGAAUUAUUGAAGGUGCUUCUGAAGGCAAAGGUCGUGGGAGGCAGGUUAUUGCUGUUGCCAAGUCUUCAGAUAUUGUGUUGAUGGUCCUUGAUGCCUCAAAAAGUGAGGGUCAUCGGCAAAUAUUGACGAAGGAGCUGGAAGCUGUUGGUUUACGUUUAAACAAGAGACCGCCUCAAAUAUACUUCAAAAAGAAAAAGACCGGGGGAAUUUCUUUCAACAGCACUCUUACUUUGACUCAUGUGGACGAGAAGCUUUGUUAUCAAAUUCUACACGAAUACAAAAUUCACAAUGCUGAGUUGCUCUUUCGUGAGGAUGCCACAGUGGAUGAUCUUAUUGAUGUCAUUGAGGGAAACCGGAAAUACAUGAAGUGUGUAUAUGUUUACAACAAAAUAGAUGUUAUUGGUAUUGAUGACGUGGACAAAUUAGCCCGCCAACCUAAUUCUGUUGUCAUUAGCUGCAAUCUCAAGCUGAACUUUGACAGACUGCUUGCAAAGAUGUGGGAGGAGAUGGGACUUGUUAGAGUUUAUACAAAGCCACAGGGCCAGCAACCUGAUUUCGGUGACCCUGUAGUUCUUUCUGCUGAUAGAGGGGGCUGCUCCGUUGGAGACUUUUGUAACCACAUACAUAGGAGUUUGAUGAAGGAAGUAAAAUAUGUGCUAGUGUGGGGUACAAGUGCAAGGCACUACCCACAGCAUUGUGGCCUCGGUCAUGUUUUGAAUGAUGAAGACGUGGUUCAGAUUGUAAAGAAAAAGGAUAAGGAAGGGGAAGGGAGGGGUCGGUUCAAGUCACAUUCAACAGCCCCCGCUCGUAUAUCUGACAGAGAGAAGAAGGCUCCCCUGAAGCAGUAA